CUGUUUCUGCACUACUCUACUUCAUUGUGGGUAACGCAUAUGAAGUGUGGUUUUGUGCAAAUGAAGUGCUCCAUUGCUUUGUUCACUUGAUAAACAACAUGUUCAUGCAUGUAUCUAGGCAGGUGCUUUACACCUUCACCAAUCGAUGAUGUGUGAAGUUGACCUUUUGUCCAUAUUGUGUGACAAACAAGACUAUAAAUUAGAGCUGUCAUAAUUAAGAUUACUAUAUAUAAAAUAUUACAUUACCAAGCCAGUUCCCCAGGUUACGGACUGCCAGGGGCCUUCAAAGUCUCAGGUCGUGUGGUCUGAGACAGCCAAAAGUAGUUGAGCACCGGCCGACCACUGGGGACUCUGAGCUCUUCAGCACAUCAAAAGGAACAGAAUGCAGGUGUCUUAAGAUCUUUUCUCUUGACAUGGCAUCUUUAAACAGUGAGACACGGCACAGCGGUCAAACAUAUCCGUCUAGUGCAUGUGUACUUUAAAAAACACUAAAAGGAGUUUAGUCUGAACAGCCCCUGACUCUUACAGAAAUCCUUCCUCAUUCUCACAACAGAAAGUUCCACUAAUUAAUAAAGCAGUGCAAGUAUUCAGUUCCCUUUCCAUUAUCCAGUUUGGGUAACACUAUGUGGUUGGUUUGCUCAAUCCCACUCGUGGUGCAUGACAAAUGGUCUUCUUUUGUUGAUUCUCAAUGGUGAGAAGAAAACUAGACUGCAUCAAGUUGUAGCGUUUAAUCAAACUGAAGAUUUUGCAGCUUCAGCUCUCAGAAGAAAUUCAUACAGCUCAGAGAUGGCAUGAGGAGUCUAGAGAGAACUGUCGAGGGCAAUCAGAGAGGCAAAGCGCGCACACACCCAGAGAAUCCACAGUCACUUCCAGGACAGCUGUGAUACGCGGCACAUGUGGCAGGGCAUCCAGGCCAUGACCAACUACAGGACAACAUCAGUUGCCUGUGACAAAGAUGCCUCCCUUCCAGAUGUGCUGAACAACUUCUACGCUCGUUUUGAAGUGCAGAACGAUGUGGUGGCAAGGAAGAACACCCCUCCUCCCAACGACCAGGUGCUCUGUCUUACCAUGGUGGAUGUGAGGAAAACUCUACGUAGAGUCAACCCACGGAAGGCUGCUGGACCAGACAACAUUCCUGGCAGAGUGCUCAGAGGAUGUGCAGACCAGCUAGCAGAUGUUCUUACCGACAUCUUCAACAUCUCUCUGAGCAGCGCCGUCAUUCCAACGUGCUUCAAGGCCACCACCAUCAUCCCCAUGCCAAAGAAGUCUUCAGUGUCCUUCCUCAACGACUACCGUCCCAGUGCACUCACACCAAUCAUCAUGAAGUGCUUUGAGAGGCUCAUCAUGAGGCACAUUAAGACCCAGCUGCCCCCCUCACUAGACCCACUGCAGUUUGCGUAUCGUCCAAACCGUUCAACAGACGACGCAAUCGCCACAACCCUCCAUCUGGCCCUCACCCACCUAGACAAAAAAGGACUCAUACGUUCGAAUGCUGUUCAUAAAUUUCAGCUCAGCAUUCAACAGGAUAAUUCCUCAGCACCUGAUUGGAAAGCUGAACCUGCUGGGCCUGGACACCUCCCUCUGCAACUGGAUCCUGGACUUCCUGACUGGGAGACCUCAGUCAGUCCGGAUCGGGAACAGCAUCUCCACCACCACCACACUGAGCACUGGGGCCCCCCAGGGCUGUGUGCUCAGUCCACUGCUGUUCACUCUGCUGACUCACAACUGUGCAGCAUUGCACAGCUCGAACCACAUCGUUAAGUUUGCAGAUGACACGACCGUGGUGGGUCUCAUCAGCAAGAACGACGAGUCAGCAUACAGAGAGGAGGUACAGUGGCUAACGGACUGGUGUAGAGCCAACAACCUGUCCCUGA